UGGUUUUUCGCUUGAUGUCCCGGUCGACCUCCAGGUCGGCAGGUGGCGAUAUAUCGCUGUUGCUGUGCACCAUCUGCCGCCAUUUCUGCCGGAGCCGGAUUGUUGGCGGAAAUGAAACCAGGAUGCUGCCAGUUGGUUUGAAGCAAACAUUCGACGGGAUGCGCGAGGAAGAUGCAGACAAGGGAGAAGCGUCUUUUUUGUUCAAUAUCAGGAGUGCUGGACUGGAAGAUGAAUGGAGACCGUUGUCAGGUGGGCAACAGCCGCAGGAGUACAGUGAAGACGAGCUGGGCCGACUGGACAUCGAUCUGGACAGGAAAUCCAGACGGCACAACUUGACGUCUGGCAACGUGCGCACCAUCCUGCAUGAGGUGAUUACUCACGAGCGUGUGGUGGACAUGAUGAAAGCUGCCAUCAGAGCAACCCAGGACAUGCCCAUGUUUGAACCAAAGAUGACGCGCUCAAGAUUGAAGAGAGCCAUCCAGCAGGGACAGUGUCUCGACUGGAGUUUGUCCGCAGAGCAAAGUUUGCUGCAUCCUCAGUUUGUCGACAUCCAUCUCGAUGCCGACGAAGACUCGUCGGAUGAAGAGUACUGUCCCGAAGAUGAAGACGAUGAUGACACAGCUGAAGAGACUUUCCUCAGUGAUGGUGACGUCAUUUCGCCUGACAAACCUUGUGACUCCAGCUCCCAGAGGCACUCGAUGUUGGCCGCCCACCAGCUCACAGACACCGCCGGUCCCUCCUUCCUGGAACGCCUGAAUGCUGUGGAGGAGGAGCUCAACUGUGGUCCCGCCUAUGCAUCCUUGCCGUCUCACAGGACAGAAGAUGUGGAGGAGGAGGAGCAGAGGGACGAAGGCUCCAGCGGGUUGGCAUUCCGCACGCGUUCUAAACUUCGCCUGGUCAACGUCCCCCUGGAACAGCUAGAGGCGGAGCUUUUGCCUCUCGACAUCACAGCUGACAUGUAUGAGCAAAGCCCCUGCUGCAAGGAGGAAGACCGCCACUGGGCGCGCUGGCUGCAAGGACUCAUGGCCACCGACAACCAAGAGGAAGCCGACGACGAUGACGACCCAGAGUAUAACUUCUUGGACGACCUGGAUGAACCUGACUUGGAGGACUACAGGACAGACCGGGCUGUUCAGAUCACCAAGAGGGAAGUCAACAAGCUGCUGGAGGAGCUCUUUGACACGCUCUGGGAUGACCGUCAAGCCGAGGAAGAAGACGAGGAGGACGAUGAGGAGGAAGAGGAGCACCCAGCUGAGGGAGGCUUCAAUGUCCUGCAGCCUUUGUGCUUGAAGCCACCUUUAACCGGCACGCUAACUUUGCGGAGACGGGAACCACUCAGGAGAGCCCUGCAAGACACCACCAACCACCCGUGGCCCGCAGCUGCACCCGCUCCGUUGUUGCUUCCUAAACCGCUGUGCCCCACCUCGGCCCACAAACGUCAACUGCAACAACAAAUCCAACAGCACGUGCAGCUUCUGGCAGAAGUUCAUCUGCUGAGUCGUGGCGUCGGCGCGCUAAAACACGAAGCGUCUGUCACCAAACACUUCCUGGAGGAGCUGCAGCGUUUUGCCGUGCAGCAGGAGCAACUGUUGCACGCCUCGUCUUUCCGGGUGUGCAACCUGCAGGGAGCACUGGAUCUUCUUCGGGAGAUUGAGUGUCGAGUGGAUCUUCCUCCUCCCCCACCUCCUGUGUCCAGGCGCUGGCUCCCUGUAAUGUCUUCGUCAACCAAUAGCCACGCCUUCCCCGUGUUGCCCUCCGACAUUGCCUGGCUGCUUGCCACACGAGUGGUUUUCCUCUACCCAGAACUACUUCCUGUUUGUAACCUGGAUCCCUCCCACCACCCACGACCCCAUCGCAGUAUUUUUACUGCAGGAGAGGACGGGCUGAUUGUUUUAGGUCUGAAGCACUUUGAGGGGGCCGUCCAGCCCGAGCAUUUGAUCAGCUCCUACCUGCUCUGCAAAAGCUCUUGGAAGUUGACUAAACACAUCCGUGAGAUGAGCAGCUCCAGAGCGCCGCGUGAAAAUGUGCUCAAGAUGUUCCUCACUCGGCAGCUUGCUACGCCGCUGCCGCUGGCCUGUGCAAGAGUGCAACCUGGAGAUCAGCACCCCCCAGUGGAGAGAGACUCCUCCAUCAGGCCCUUUUGGCUCAAGAAUAGCCACCAGGUAAUCCAGAUGACCCAUGUGUACGCCUGUUCGCUAGGCUACCCUCGCUUCCUUCCCAAAGGCUGCAACUUGAGGCUUUACCCCUCCCGCCUCCAAAAGCCCUCACGCCAACCCGGCUCCUCCCAGAGACGUCUUUUCACGCUGGCCCAUAAUGCAUCGCUGCAGCCCAUCUGCUCAGCAGAAAGAAAGACGGAGCUCCUCCUGUCCUCAGAGUCUGAGCCACGUGCGAUCCAAGCCAGCUACUUCCUCCUUCAAAGGGACGCCACCUCGCAACAUGCAUCCUCCGCACCCGUACCAACUCCCAAUGCAUCCAUAGAGCUGGGCAAGGCGCGCCAUCAAAAGGCAUCCCACUGCCAACAGCUCGGACGCUGCCAGACCCAUGCUAAUGAGGGUGACGAGCGACACAGAGGAGAAGGACAGGGGCGUUGCGGUGAGGAGCGGGAGCCAGCAGAGGAAGGACAAGAUGAGAAAGAGGAGCAGGAAGGGGUAGAUGAAGGAGCAGGAGAGGAGGUGGGGGGGGAAGUAGAAGAGGCAGGGAAACGGCAGGAAGAGGAGCAGGAAGAAAGGGAAGAAGGACAAGGAGAGGAACAGGAGCAAGGUGACGGAGAGAAGGAGGAAGAUCGAGAAAAGCAGGAGGAGGAGGAGGAGGACGACGACGAAGACUUUGAUGAGCUGACGCAGGAUGAAGAUGAGGAGGAGGCGAUGUCGUCGGCCUCGGAAGAGUCUCUGUUGUCCAUCCCAGAGCUGCAGGAAACCAUGAAGCAGCUGGCCCGGCUGGCGUCCAGGAGGAGGCCAGCAGCCGAGUCGGAGGAAGACCACUCGCCCGGAUCGCAGGAGGAGGAUGAGGAGGAGGAAGAGUCGCCAAAAAGCCACCAGGCCGCUCAAAGGACAGCCGCCGUAGUGUCUGAAGACGAAGACGCCGCAAACGCUGGCGAGGAGGAAGUGUCCCGAGGAAGGCAAAGAGGAGGGGGCAGGCGAGGAAAAGGUCAGCCGAGUCGAGCUCUCGGGGGGACGGGGCGAGCUCGUCGGGAGGAUCACAGGAAAGACCAGAGCAAAGUGUGUCUGCUCUACGAUGAAAACAUGCUGGAGAACGACCCUCAGCGCCAAAGCAAAGAUGUGGCCUUCGCUCAGAGCUACCUUGAUGGGGUCCGGGAGGCGCUGGGUGACGUCCCGGAGAAAAUGGAGGAGUUUGUGUCGCUGCUCAACGAUUUGGAGCGGCUGGAAGGGCGGGAAGUGGUCCGCGUCUUCAGGAAGCUGCGCUACAUCCUGGGAAGCCGCACAGAAUUGAUGCGGGACUUUGCCGCCUUUCUGCAUCCUGAGCAAGCACUUGACUGCGGACUGUUCCAAGAACAGCAAGCCUUCGAGCGCAGUCGACGCUUCUUGCGGCAACUAGAGAUAACGUUUGGAGAUAAUCCGUCUCACUACAGCAAAAUCAUCAAGGCCCUGCAGCCCGGACCACACCUCAGCCCCGCCGGCGUCAAUGAGCUCAAGGCGCAAAUGGCCGCGCUGCUCAAAGGACACCCUCAUCUGCAAGCCGAAUUCUGGGUGUUUUUCGACGAGCUCCGCCCGCCGCCCGCUCGCCCGGGACAAUUCGAAGAAGCUCAUUGGCCGGAGGAAGGUGGAACAGGUCAGGGCCCGGGCCACCUGAUCGGGGCCGGGGCCCAUGGCGCUUUUGAGGAAGUCACUUUAUCGGACGUGGAUAUGGAUGAGGACGGACACAAAAUGGACGCCACCUUGAACCGGCGCCAGAGAAGGAAGCUCCGGUUGCACGCGACCGACGAGGAGUCCAAUUGGCUGUGCUUCUGUCAGCACUCCAAAAGCCGCACGCACCGUCGCAGAGGAUGUGCUCGCUGCCACGCCAACAAGGUGCGCACGCCAUACCUCGACCACGCCGUCAGCCAUAUGAUGCAUCCUGUCCAGGCCUCAGGAGGCGUGUCUGGGGCCAUGAAGAGUCUCGAGCCGCUCUACGCUCAGAUAAGCUUCGCCUCAGAGGACAAAGAGGCCGAGACCAAGGUCGCAGAAUGCCAGCGUGCCGGCGUGCCCUCUUGGGAACGUUCGUUCCUGUCGGUCGGCGAUGUAGAAACAGACGACGGCGACACAGUGGAGUCGCCGCUUCCCAAGAGGAAAAGGGGAGAGGAGCUCCAUCCUCCCUUCCUGGGCUGCUCCAGCCCAGCCCCGAUGCCUCCGGACCUCCCUGUGCGUGCCAAGAAUAUUUCUGUGACGCCGAGUGGAGAGAAGGUCAUCCUGUGGACCAGAGAAGCCGAUCGAGUCAUUUUGACCACGUGCCGGCAGGAAGGAGCCAAUCAGAACACCUUCCAGGGCAUCUCUGGUCGACUGGGGAACAAGACUCCCGCCGAGGUUUCGCGACGCUUUCGGGACUUAAUGCGUCUUUUUCAGAGCGCGACUCGUAACGCAGGCUCAGAGGAUGAAGCUCCGCCCACUGAACUUGGGGCCAAUGAAGAACAGGAAUGAUCUGUUUGGGAUGUGUCACCUGUAAACAAGGGUCCUCUGCUCAUUAUUGAAAGGUGUAUGAGAAUAAAAUAACCUGCGGAC